AUGACUGAUUUGAGAGUUAUAGGAGCAGGUCUGGGCCGAACAGGGACGACGUCUCUGAAAGCAGCACUAGAACUGUUAGGACUGGGUCCUGUUCACCACAUGAACGUGGCCAUGAAGCAGCCCCGGGAGGUGGUGAGGUUGUGGAGGAGAGUUGCAGAUGGGGAAGAAGAGGCUCUGAAGACUAUCUUCCAGGGGUAUCAGAGCACUCUGGACUAUCCGGGAUGCACUCACUUCGCUACCUUCAUGCGCUGGAACCAUCAAGCUAAAGUUAUCUUGACAGUGAGAGAAUCACCGGAAGAGUGGGCUCUUUCUGCUGGUACAACUAUCUUCUCCCUAUCCUGGUCCAAGAAACUUAUCAUGAAACUGCUCUUCUGUUUCCCUCUCACUAAACUAUACUACCUGCAAUUCAUCCAACAAGUCUCCUUCUCUGCCCACAAUAUGAACCCAAUGGACGAGGGCUGUGAUUUGUCAGCCCUCUACACAGACUGGAAUAAUCACGUGAUAAAGACAGUUCCAGCGAAUAAGCUGCUAGUUUACAGAGUGGAUGAGGGGUGGGGGCCACUUUGUACAUUCCUUGAGGUGCCAGUGCCGGAUACAAAGUUCCCUCAUUUAAAUAACAACAGGGAGUUUAGGAAAGGCAGCUUCUUCGAGCAGACAGGGAGAUUGGUCAUACUGGCAGUGAUUGUGAUGGUGAUGGUUGUGGUUGCUCUUGGUUUGACUUUUGGACUUCACAAACGAUGA